ACGAGCAGUAUUUCAGCCCAAGGGCAGAUAUGCAACUUGUGGCUGCAGGAGGGUUAAUACAGUUCAGUUUUAUCGCUGUGGCCCAUGGCAAACACCCUCUCUUGCCAAGGCUGCUACCACAGAAUGCUCCAUUUUCCCUGGAAUGCAGCUGUUGCCAGGCAGCCUCUCCAGCGGCAUCAUCCACAGCUGCCCAGGAGCUGCAGCGUGGAGGAGCAGCAGCUCUAUUGCUAUAGACGCAUCUUGUCUAUGUAUAUAUGCCUGGGGUAAAAUAGCUCAUUUUGCAGCUUUUGCGCUAAGUCUGUCCCUUCUAGUUGGACAGAUGAGCCUGUUUCCCCUGUAGCUAGGCAGGACCUCUGAUUUGAGUCAGGAUCUGGCAAAAGAACAUCUGACCUAGCGGCGACAAACUUGAACAAGGGAAGAAAGAGGAGACGCGAGGGAGUCACACAGAGCAAGGGAAUGAUCGAACAGCAGCAACUUACUUCGGCUGAUAGAGCUUGUCGUUGAUUGGAUGUUUUCUGAAAAGCUACAGAGGGGGAUUUUGUGUAGGGCGUUCCCACCCCCUGCAUUGGCUAUAAAAGCCUGUACUUGGCAUCUGUGAUUAAAACGCCAAAAUGAAGUUGAAAAGAGAGAAGCAGGACAGCUCUGACUACAAGGAAGGUUCAAAGGGGAAAAUGACACUUUUGCUUGCACUGGUAGCACUGGUAUCUGCGUUUGGAUCUUCUUUCCAGUAUGGCUACAACGUGUCUGUGAUUAAUUCUCCAGCCCCGUACAUGCAAGACUUUUACAACCAAACCUACUUCAACAGGCAUGGCGUGCCUAUGGACAGUGGCUUCCAGAUGCUGCUCUGGUCUCUCACGGUGUCCAUGUUCCCUCUCGGUGGCUUGUUUGGGUCCCUCAUGGUGUGGCCUCUGGUCAACAAUUGUGGCCGGAAGGGCACUUUGCUGAUAAAUAACCUCUUCUCCAUUGCUGCUGCAAUCCUUAUGGGAACCUCAGAGCUAGCAAAAACCUUUGAAGUAAUCAUUCUUGCACGUGUUAUCGUGGGAAUAUAUGCUGGUCUGGCCUCCAAUGUGGUUCCCAUGUUCCUUGGAGAAAUGUCCCCCAAAAAUCUGAGAGGUGCUAUUGGAAUAGUACCCCAGCUCUUCAUCACCCUUGGGAUCCUUGUAGCUCAGAUCCUUGGUCUCAACAGCAUCCUUGGGAAUGCCAAAGGCUGGCCCGUGUUGCUGGGGCUCACGGGGAUCCCAUCACUAAUUCAGCUCCUUAUAUUGCCCUUUUUCCCUGAGAGUCCCAGAUACCUGCUGAUACAAAAGGGCAGUGAAGAGCAAGCACGACAAGCUCUGCAGAAGCUGAGAGGCUGGAAUGAUGUGGAUGAUGAGAUGGAGGAAAUGCGCCAAGAAGAUCGGUCAGAAAAGGAAGAAGGGCGUUUUUCUGUACUCAGCCUGUGCACCUUUAGAGGCUUGCGAUGGCAGCUCAUCUCUAUUGUCGUCAUGAUGAUGGGCCAGCAGCUGUCUGGGGUUAAUGCGGUCUUCUACUACGCGGACAGAAUCUUCCAGUCGGCAGGUGUGGCCAGCAGCAAUGUGCAGUAUGUCACUGUGUCGAUAGGUGCCAUCAAUGUCGUCAUGACUUUGCUUGCCGUUUUUAUCGUGGAGUCCCUGGGGAGGAAAAUCCUUCUCCUUGCUGGCUUUGGACUGUGCUGUGUCUCCUGUGCAGUCUUAACUUUGGCCCUCAAUCUCCAGACCACUGUCUCAUGGAUGUCUUACCUCAGCAUAGUGUGUGUCAUUGUUUACAUCAUCGGACAUGCUAUUGGAGCCAGUCCAAUUCCCUUUGUGAUGAUCACCGAGAUGUUCCUGCAGUCGUCCCGGCCUGCAGCAUUCAUGGUGGGUGGGUCUGUGCACUGGCUAUGCAACUUCACCGUGGGGCUUGUGUUCCUCUACAUGGAGGCUGGACUGGGCCCCUACAGCUUCCUCAUCUUCUGUGCCAUCUGCCUCGCCACCAUACUUUACAUAUUCUUUGUUGUUCCUGAGACAAAGAACAAAACCUUCAUGGAAAUCAACAGGAUCAUGGCCAAGAGGAACAAGGUGGAGAUUCAGGAAGACAAAGAAAAGCUUGAGGUUUUCCACACUGUCCCAGGCGGGCAGGCAGGGAACAAAGUAAUCUCCAGCAGUGAGCUGUGACCCAGCCCAGCGUUCGGCCUGGCCCAGAGGUUUUUCAGGAUCUGUUCAGUGGGAGAACAAAUACAUCAAUUCAUUGAUACCGAUCUUCACUUAGACCUUCUGCAAACUUCCCACAGCAGGAGUUUCCAAAUAAGCCCUUGUGUCUUGAGAGUGGUGGUGUUGUGAGUAAUUAGCGGGACCGUUCUGCUUCAUGGAGUAGCCACUGCCAAGGCAAGUUACUCAUUCGUGGUAUUUGUCACAGGCAAAGGGCAGCAUCCUCAGCCGUCUCAGUUCCUGUGAUCACCUUACCACACAGGUAACUUGAUGUAUGUCCCUGACGUCCUGACUGGCACAUCUCAGGUGACACAAGCCAGCAUUUGAGCUGGGUUUUGGUCAGUCCUAUGAAAGGAGUGCACUAUAGUCCCCUGAGGAACUGUCAUUCGUGUAUUUGAGGGUCCAGCAUGAGUGAUGCCAGGCCCUUGAUGCUUUGGGGUGGAGGGUGUGUCAGUUGUUCUGAGGUACUUUGUUAGGUGGGCUAACAGCAUUUAUCAUGUCAAUGCUUGUCCUUCCUUUGUGUGCUUCAGAGGACUGCUAAACUGGAAACGCAUAUUACAAUAAUCUCACUCCACUGUCUCCUUCAAAUCAAACCUAGUCCUCAGCUGUUGCUGAUGAAUCCUUCAAAAGCCUUAUUCUUGAUAUUAGGGGUCAUCCAUUUGGCUGAUGCUUAUUCACAGUCAGUUUAUACCCAUUGGAAUUGGAAUGCCAGUGGCGCUCUAGUCUUCGAGCUAUUUACCUCAUUUCACUCCCUAGUGUUUACACUUCCGUUGUCAAAGAACAACAGUCCCUCUCCUAAUCCUUUGAUAACCCCCAUAUCCCUACUCUGUACGCAUGAGUCAGUUGGAGCUCAUUUGUCCCCAGAGCCUGUGUUUGCAAACACAUCCAAACUUGUCUUUAGCUUCUCACACUGAGUUGCUUAAAUUUAAUUUUUUUAAUAACCUGGUUCUCAAGAACUUGAAAACCCCUGAAAAAGUCUUCAAAUGACUUAGAGCUUGGUCCUUCUGUUGGUUUCUGGUUGUGUCCUCUAAGGGCACUAUUCCACCUGAAGACAUGGAUUUGGAAAAGCUCUGAGCGUGAAGGACUAGUGCAGACUCUCAGAUGAAAGUGAAGUGUACUCUGAUAAAAAUGGAGCAUUUCUUAAAGUAUUUAUUAGUUUAAGGGGUGUGGGGGUUAAUUAUGGCAUAAUUUAACAUGGGGAAAUGUAAUUCAUUGUUAUCUGGGGCUGCUGCUCUCUGUUUUGAAAAAAGCAGAAUUGUUGAACAGUGUGGCAUGGAUUUUGUGUUGUUGGUGGAGGUAGUCCUUCACAUGAUUUACUUUAACCUUAGAAAAUUAGUUUUAUACCUUCCCAGAAACUUGUGAUGUAUUUCUUUUGAAAAAGAAGCUGCUUCCAUGGUCAGUCUCUACAUCUACUUACAGAAAAGAAGGCAUUCCACUGAUCUAUGCACAUUGACUGCGUAGGACAACCCUCUGCCCUGCAAGGCCUUUACGUAUCCAUUCCUAGGUACACCUGCAGGGCAAUGGGUGGUGAUUUGAUGGUGAGAAAUGGGAAAGGAGGACACGUGCAGGAACGAUGGUGAGGAACGGAGACUGGGUGAAGGAUGUGAGAGAAAUUUUACUUGAGGAAGUGGCUCAUUUGACCAAAGAGAGGGGCUCUCUGACAUGCUGGAAGAUCUAUGAACGGGCACCUAAGUCAAACUCCUGGGAAGGAUGGGACAGUACAAGGUGUUGGACUGUGCCAAGUUCCGCUCUAUUCUUUGCCUCUAUCCCACCGAUGGAGGCUUUGUUCCCAUGUACCUACCAUUGGAAAAAUGACCUGGAGCACUAGCAGAUGUGUAGUGAGCUUAUAUAAAGCAGAAGGAGCAACAAGCCAAUAAUCUAAGUUUGCCUCUGUUUCCCCAGCAAGCAGUUUGGAAUCGUCAGCUGCUUUAAAAAAGGGGAAAAAAAAAAAAAAAUGGGGUCACUGACAGCUGGUGUCAGACUCCAGAACCACCCCUCCCAAGAGGGUCAUGGAGGUUUCUCCCCAUGCUAUAAUAUCUCCCUUCUGUUGCCCUGGUUUGCACAGUGCAAGUGCCCGAACAUCUGCAGGACUGAGAACUUUGCUCCACAGGUUCACAUGAGUCAUCCACCCUGCAAAACCAUUGGAGAACGUCCCAAGAAGAGUGUCUCUAUCUUUCCCAAGGACAAGCAUCCCUCCAGCCUGGCUCACAUACCCCUUCUGGAUACUCUUUUCUUUACCAGCUGCUCCAUUGAGCCAUAAAUUUGCCAUGCCAGACUGGGAGGCCCAUGCCAUGCAGUAGUGCAGCCAGCCUUGUGCCUUGUGGUACAGUGGGAAGCUGAUGAAAUGACCUCCUAUCCACAACCCCACAUCUGCGCCCACAGUCACCACCAGCUCAUUAUCCCUCUCCUGUGUGGAGUAGGAAAGAACAGUCUGACUGCCAGCAUGCUGGGCUUUUGCCCAGAAACAGAAAGUGAAGGCUUGGAGAGAUAUAUCAUGGAGGGGAUGAACAUUUACAAAACUCUCAAUGUUUUCCACAGGGAAGUAGAAAGCUGGAAAAGUGCUGGAUUUAAUACCUGAAAUAACCAAAAAGACAGCUGUUACAUUCUCUGCUGUGCUAAUAAAUCACCCCAAAUCCUGAGGAAUACACCCAUAGGAACUGGCAGGGCUGUGGCAGCCUUGGCUGAUUGGAGCCACAGCUACUGGCAUGUGUCAUACCAACAGGGAAAGGGCUUGAAAUGAUGAAAAGCUUAGCUCCUUCACCCAACUGUUUGGGAAAAUCACUUCCCCCUGCCCCUUCCUCUUUUUUCAUCUUGUGUAAAACAGAGAUGAUGAUUAUCUAUUCUAGCAGAACUUUAAGCUUAAACCCCUCACUGUUUAGUAAAAAUGAGCUUAUAUGUUGCAGGAGAAAGCUGCAGUUGCUGUGAGAGUAGCUAGAUUAGGGCUAGCUUUAAUGAUGCUGUAGCUGAAGAAUUUCCAUCAGCAGGCCGAGACACGGGACAAAAUUCUACCUGUACAUAUCAGUACCAAACCUGUUAAUGACUUAAGCCAUCCAGGACAGCAGGGCAUGGGCUCUUCACCCUCGGAAGGUAAGCUGGACUCAAGAAUAGGUACGUGUUUCUUACCUAUGUGGCUCACUCCAUUCAGCAGCUCUCUCUUCAUGUCUUGGAGCUGCAUCUGGAUUUGUUCCAGUCUGAGGUUGACUUCUUCUGGGUGGCACUGUUCUAGAGCAAUCAGACAGCUGAAUUUACAGAAGGCCAGGACCUGUGCAUGGUAGAUGUUUUACUUUCCAGUUUGUAGAAUGUUUGGGGAAAACCUUUGUUUUAAAAUGCAGCCUCACCUCCGUAUGGUGUCUGGCUGAUCAGCCAUGCCAGAGUGGUUCCUACAAUGGUUAGCGUACCUCAUCCAUAUGGAUGCAGACACACCUGAACCCAGUGUUCUUGUGUGGUGCCACGUAGCACCACUUACCUUGGGACACAACCUACAGCCACCACUGCACCAUUAGAAACAAGAAGUGUUGGCAGGGGGCAAAGAGGCACGUGGGCCAUCUCCACCUGCUGUGCAGGGAAGCUGCUACUCCUGGGAAAGGUGUUCUCCACCAUACCUAGAUUAAGUGAUUUGGAACUUGACAUCUUCCACAUAGGUUUCUUGGCCCUGCUGGGGUAAAGCCCGAGUCCUGCCUGCUGACUCCCUUUACCUUGGGCGGGUUUGGCUCUGAAGGAGGACUCCACCACCCGCCCGUUGAGGGGCUGAGCGUGCCGGUAGUCGUUGCGCAGGGUCCUGUUUUGCCAGUCCAGCAAGGUGUUCUCCAGGAGGCUGAUCUGUGAGCAAUGCAGGCUUGUUAUGGAGGGCAAUGGGAACAACAGUUUUGCCUAGAAGUGCAGUGCAGCUCCUCCAGCUCAGGAUUAAACCUAGCAAUUUGUUAUAGAGGAACCCCCAGGGUCUCUUGCUGAGUAUUAGCAAAGGAAAGAGACAGAACAUGAGGGCUCCUAUCAGCUAAUUCAUGAUAAAGAUAUUUUGCCUGAAGGAAGUUUCUAACACCUGCCUGAUAGUAUGUAUGCAUGGAUGGAGAUUCUGCUGCUGUUCUGUAGCGUACUGCUUUCUCCCAAGUGCCUACUAGCCUUCCCCCACCAAAAAGAGUAUUUAUUUUUCAAACACUAUGAUCCUCCACUACUCUAGUCUCUACUUUGUCUUGUUCUCCUCCUAGAAGAAAAUGUUUCUGAUGCUUUUUCUUUCAUUAAAGAAGAUGAACCACUCCACAAGGCCCAGCA